AUGGCGUGGCUCCAUCAGAGUCGAGGUUCCCCCAGACUCGUCCUGGUGGUGGUUUGUGUCGCUCUGCUGCUUGACAACAUGCUGCUCACCGUGGUCGUGCCGAUUGUCCCGACCUUCCUCUAUGCCAUGGAGCAUCCAAGUCCAGAGCCUCAGACCGCCCAGCCAUCCCUUCUCCCUCUCCCCGGCCUCAGUGCGCCACAUGCACUGAUCCUGGGCACACCAUCAGAGCAGAGCCCCCCAUCAUCUCCCUCUUUCCCUCCUCUGCUGUCUCUGUUUGACAACACAACCUUCAGUCUACACGACAUCCAGACUGAACCGAUAAUCGACAGUGAGACGACAGAGCAGACGAGCCUGACCACAGAGCUGCAGAUCAACGAGACCGCCAACGCUACAGAGUCCUCCUGUCUUCAGGACAGCGUGUUUCUGGAGGAGGAGAAUGUUCGUGUUGGUUUGUUGUUUGCAUCUAAAGCUCUCGUCCAGCUGCUCGUCAAUCCUUUUGUCGGUCCGCUCACUAACAGGGUUGGAUAUCACAUCCCCAUGUUUGCUGGCUUCAUAAUCAUGUUUGCUUCGACUAUCAUGUUUGCCUUCUCAGGGACCUACGCUCUGCUCUUCUUUGCUCGCUCCCUGCAGGGAAUCGGCUCCUCCUUCUCCUCUGUAGCAGGUCUGGGUAUGUUGGCCAGUGUGUACACAGACGACGAGGAGAGAGGAAUCGCUAUGGGCAUAGCACUGGGAGGACUGGCUAUGGGAGUCCUGAUUGGAGCUCCAUUUGGCAGUGUGAUGUAUGAGUUUGUGGGGAAGAGCGCCCCCUUUCUGAUCCUGGCCUUCCUCGCUGUGUUUGAUGGAGUAUUACAGCUGUUCAUCCUGCAGCCCUCAAAGAUCUCUCCUGGGAGUGUGGAAGGGACGCCGUUAGUGACGCUGUUAAAAGAUCCGUACAUCCUCAUCAGUGCAGGUUCUCUAUGUUUCGCCAACAUGGGUGUUGCCAUCCUUGAGCCGACUCUACCCAUCUGGAUGAUGCAGACCAUGUGUUCUCCAAAAUGGCAAUUAGGUAUGGCCUUCCUCCCUGCCAGUGUCUCCUACCUGAUAGGAACAAACCUGUUUGGUGUUCUGGCCAACAAGAUGGGACGGUGGCUCUGCUCAAUGAUAGGGAUGUUUAUUGUUGGCAUCAGUCUGCUAUGUGUUCCCUUUGCCACCAGUAUCUACGGUCUGAUUGGACCAAAUGGAGGUCUUGGCUUUGCUAUAGGCAUGGUCGACUCCUCUAUGAUGGCUAUCAUGGGCUACCUGGUGGACAUCCGUCACGCCUCCGUCUACGGCAGUGUCUACGCUAUCGCUGACGUGGCGCUGUGUAUGGGGUUUGCUAUCGGACCGUCCACAGGGGGAGCUCUGGUCCAGGCAGUAGGUUUCCCUUGUCUCAUGGUGUUUAUCGGGGUCAUCAACAUCAUGUAUGCUCCGCUUUGCUUCCUGUUACGUAACCCAGCUGUGAGAGAGGAGAAAAUGGCCAUCAUCGAUCAGGAGUGUGUGAUGCACAGGAAAAGCUACAACACUCAGAGAGAGAGUCGAGAGUUUCCUCUGAGCGACUACAGCGAGGAAGAAGAGACAGAAGAGUGA